CUUCUCUGUUUUUCGGAGGAUGAUCAUGCUCUACAUGGCUCUUCUGAACAAGUUUUCGUUUAUUUUGUCCAUUUUUUCGUUACGGGUUUGAUUCUUCUUUUUUUUUUUGGGUGAUUAUGUGCUGUUUUGGUUUGUUCUACAUCCUUGGUGAUUGGUUUUUGAAAUUCAAUGUGUUUUGCUGCCUCUGGUGCUCUGCAUGUUGUGUUUGAUCAUGGAGGACAGUUGAAAAGAAUGGACCUUUGCACAAUGCAGAUUAAAAUCUUAUGUUUUUUGUGUUCUUCAUCCAUGGUAAUGUUAGUUUCUCUGGGUGACUAAGACAAUCAAGGUGUUUUCUGGUACUUGUGAUGUGUUUUUUGUUUAAUUUAUGAAAACUUAAUCUGGUGAAAGAAUGGUUUCUGUUUAUGGUAUUGCUUAUGUAAAUGAGUAUUUAGUGAUCAAGUUUUUUUUUUUUUUUUCCUUUGGGAUGUUUUGUUAGGUUUGAAUGACUUGCCAUGUUAGAGAUAUCAUGUCUUGUUAGAUGUCUCUUUGUAACAAAAUGGUUGCUUGUUGAUUAUUUUUUUAUCACUAAACGCGUCUGCUUUGUUGUGGUUAUUGAUUGUUUUGUUUUGUCGGGGUUAGUUAGUGGUUGCACUUAUUGACUGAUGCUACUGACAAUCUGAGUUUGCAACUAAUUGCUAUGUGCAUUUCAAUGUUAGAGGUCUGCAUAUAGUAACAGUACAAGAUUUUAGAUAUUUUGUCUCUUUUUGUGGCUAAGCGGUAGCUUAUUGAUUAUGGUAUGAUCAAUAAAGAAGAUAUUGUCGUGAUUAUUGACCAUUUUGUGGUGCUACACAAUCUGAAUUUGCAACUAAUUUCCACGUGCAUUUCAUUGUUUGAUUGUGCCUCCACAGAUUAUUAGUGCGGAUUUGGACAGGUUUGGGUGCGGGAUUUUCCAGUUGCAUUGAGCAUCUAUGGCUUAUUCGUGUAGCUUGAUUUGUUUCUGCAAAAUAUAGAAGUAAUAGAGCCCCAUGGAAGAUGAAUUGUAUGAUGAAGAACUAGUGCCAUGUGCUUGCAUAACUGGGGUACAUCUAAAUGUUUCUACUCGGGAAGAUACGGAGAAAAUAUCAACAUUAUUAAUCGAGGCAGCUGCCCAGGUUAAUGAUCCAAAGUUGGGACUUCCAAAUCCAACGAAUCAGUGUUCUACUUGUGGUACCCAAGAUAUAAAAUCCUGUGAUGGUCAUUUUGGGUCCAUCAAGUUUCCAUGCACGAUACUCCAUCCAUACUAUCUUCCGGAAGUUGCUCUUAUUUUAAACAAGAUUUGCCCGGCAUGUAAAACCAUCAGGCAAGGUGUAAGGGUCAAGGGCUCCGAACGGAGGGGCUGCAGAUAUUGCUUUGGAGGUUCAUCGGAUUACCCUAGAAUGAAGUUCAAAGUUUCUUCUAGAGAGCUUUUCAGAAGAAGUACAAUAAUAGUAGAAGCAGUUGGAAAAUUGCCUCCUGAUUAUUGGGACUUCAUUCCCAAAGAUCCCCAACAUGAUGAAACACACACAAAACCAAAUAGAAGAGUUCUAUCUCAUGCCCAGGUUCAUUUUUUGUUGAAUGAUGUUGAUCCAGAUUUCAUCACAAAGUUUGUUCCAACAACCAGCUCACUUUCUUUGGACUGUUUCCUUGUCACGCCAAAUUGUCAUCGUGUGACAGAAGUUAUGUAUUCAUUUAAUAAUGGGCAGUCACUGAUGUUUGAUGAUCGGACUAGAGCUUACAGGAAACUAGUGGAUUUCAGAGGCACAGCGAACGAGCUGGGUUCUCGUGUUUUGGACUGCCUGAAAAUUUCCAAGAUAAACAAAGACAAAACAGGCAGAGAUUCAAUUUCAGUUGAGCAACAAAAGAUUAAGGAUUCUCCGUCCAGAACAUCUGGCUUGAGAUGGAUAAAAGAUGUUGUUCUUGGAAAGAGAAGUGAUCACUGUUUUCGAACGGUUGUCGUUGGUGAUCCAAACAUCAAGCUGAGUGAGAUUGGCAUACCCCGACAUAUUGCAGAGAAAAUGCAGAUCUCUGAAAAUCUGAACCAAUAUAACCUUGAGAAGUUGUAUGCGUUUUGCCAGCUACGCCUUGGCCAUCAGGGGAGAGGUGACAUACAUGUUCGUAGAAAUGAUAGUCUGGUUAGGAUAAGUAAUUUAGAAGAACUGGAGAUGGGAGAUAUUAUAUACAGGGCGUUGAGUGAUGGAGAUGUUGUGUUGAUAAAUAGGCCUCCAUCAAUACAUCAACACUCCCUAAUAGCUUUAACCACAAAGGUCCUUCCAGUAAACUCUGUAGUGUCGAUAAAUCCACUGUGUUGCUCUCCUUUUCGUGGUGAUUUUGAUGGUGAUUGCCUUCAUGGUUAUGUUCCUCAAUCAGUGGAUACCAGAGUCGAGCUUACAGAGCUUGUUGCUUUAGAUAAGCAAUUAGUUAAUGGGCAGAGUGGUACCAACCUUCUUUCUCUCAGUCAAGAUAGUUUAACUGCUUGCUAUCUCAUCAUGGAAGAUGGCACCCUGAUGAAUAAGUUUCAAAUGCAACAACUGAAAAUGCUUUGUCCCCCUGAACUUCCAUCACCAGCGAUAAUUAAAGAUCCUUCUGGUAAUUCCGUUUCUUGGACGGCAAAGCAGAUAAUCAGCAUGUUUCUACCUGCAGAUUUUGAUUAUGCUUUUCCUUCAAAUGGCGUGCAUAUUAGCAAUGGACAGCUUAUAGCUUCUUCUGAAGGUUCUUCUUGGCUGCGAGACACCAGUGGGAAUCUUUUCCAAAGUCUCAUGGAACAUUGCCCCGGUCAGAUACUUGACAUCUUCUUUACUGCUCAGGGAGUUCUAUGUGAGUGGUUGUCAAUGAGGGGCUUGAGUGUUUCUCUCUCAGACUUGUAUCUCGCAUCGGAUACAUGUUCAAGGAAAAACUUGAUGGAGGAAAUCUUCUAUGGGUUACAGGAAGCAGAGGAAGCAUGUACUAUCAGACAGUUGAUGCUUGAUUCUUGUCAGGAAUUUCUUAUGGGCUAUGCUGAAGAGACAAAAAGUCCUUUGACUUUUGGUUCAGAACAUUUUUCUUAUCAGAAGCAGAAAUCUGCUGCACUUAGUCAGGUCACACUAGAUGCUUUCAAAGAAGGUUUCCGGGAUGUCCAAAAUUUAGCAUACAAAUAUGCCCGUGAGGACAACUCGUUGCUGGCUAUGUUUAAGGCUGGAAGCAAGGGUAAUAUGCUGAAAUUAGUUCAGCACGGUAUGUGCCUUGGUUUGCAGCAUUCACUGGUUCCCUUAUCAUUCAAGUUUCCGAACCAGCUCUCAUGUGAUGCAUGGAAUGAUCAAAAAGCACAUGGUAUCGUUCAGGAGGUUGGAAGAGCUUUUGAAUCCAUCGAGUCAUAUAUCCCAUCCGCUGUUGUUAAAAGUUCGUUCUUGACUGGGCUGAAUCCAGUCGAAUGCUUUGUUCAUUCAGUCACGAGUCGAGAUGGUUCUUUUAGUAAUAAUGCGGAACUUCCUGGGACUCUGAAUCGAAAGCUCAUGUAUUUCAUGCGUGAUUUGCAUACUGCUUAUGACGGAACAGUUAGAAACGCAUAUGGGAACCACCUGGUUCAGUUCUCCUAUGAUAUUGACGAGGGCAUAUCUACUGCAGAUAGCACCACAAACAGCUCAUAUGCAAAGAGUGUUAUUGAUUGUGGUGGCGGCCAACCCGUUGGUGCAUUGUCUGCUUGCGCAAUAUCUGAAGCUGCAUACAGUGCUUUAGAUCAGCCAGUUAGUCUACUUGAAACUUCUCCUCUGCUAAAUCUGAAGAACAUUUUGGAGUGUGGUUCAAAGAAAAGCAGUGCUAAGCAAACUAUGUCAUUAUUUUUAUCUGAGAAGCUUCGAAGACAUAGGCAUGGUUUCGAGUAUGGAGCGCUAGAAGUUAAAAAUCAUCUAGAGGGACUCGCAUUUUCAGACAUCGUUUCUACUGUCAUGAUAAUGUUCUCCUCACAAACUGGCAGCAAGAUGCAUUUUAGUCCUUGGGUUUCUCACUUUCAUAUAUCUAAGGAAAUUGUACGAAGAAGAAGGCUGAAUGUGCGAUCUAUUAUAGAGGCACUUUAUGCAAGAUGCAACUCCACUCCAGCGGAGUUGAAAACUAUCCUUUGGAAUUUGAAGAUCACAAGAAAUAAGGAAUGUGAUUGCUGCAGCACACCUACUGAUACAUUUUGCAUCAGUGUCACACUGACUGAAAACUGUGUCACACUGACUGAAAAGCACAACAAUUCUCCUGAAGAACUGGAUAAAAUUCGAGUCUUGGUGAUACCAUUCUUGCUUAAAACAGUAGUUAAAGGUUUUCUGGAGAUAAAAAAGGUGGAUAUUAUAUGGAAUGAUCGACCUGGUUCAUCUGGUGAACUCUACUUGAGAGUUUCUAUGUCAGGAAAGACCGGAAGGGGGACUACCUUUUGGAAUAUGCUUAUGGACGAUUGUCUUCCGGUCAUGGAUAUGAUUGAUUGGUCACGAAGUCAUCCAGAUAACGUCGAUGACUUCUGCACUGCCUAUGGAAUAGAUGUUGGGUGGAAACAUUUCCUUAAUAAGUUGGAGUCUGCAACCGUAGAUAUUGGAAAGACAAUUCUUCCUCAGCAUUUGCUUCUUGCAGCAGAUUGUCUGUCAGCCACCGGCGAGUUUGUCAGCUUAAACGCAAAAGGCAUUGCUCAACAAUUGGAACAUGCAUCUGUCACAGCCCCUUUUAUGCAAGCUUGCUUUUCUACUCCUGGUCCUUGCUUGGUUAAAGCUGCUAAGGCUGGAGUGGUGGAUAAUCUCCAGGGGAGUUUGGACGCAUUGACAUGGGGAAAUACUCCGUCCUUGGGAAGUGGUGGACAGUUUGAUAUUAUAUUUGCUGGGGAGGGAUCUGUGUCUUCUAAGCCAUUUGAUGUUCAUGAUAUGCUGAGCAGACAAAUCAGUUCCAACCCUCAGAAUGUAUUUGAAAUGUCUGAUGCUCCAAUUCAUCUAUCUGACAAAUAUGUUGCUCCACAUGUGUACAAGUAUGGUCUUUUGUGCAAGUUGAAGAGUAUUACCAAAUCAGUCUUAAGAGAAACUUUUACGAUCCAGGAUAUUGAUAGAUUGUCUCAAACCUUGAAGAAUAUAUUGCACAAGUAUGACAUCAAUGAAAGCAUAAAUGAGAUGGAGAAGAAAGCUUUGAUGACGGCUUUAGAAUUUCACCCUCAUAGGGAUCGUAAGAUCGGAUUAGGAAUCAAAGAUAUAAAGGUUGGCCAGCACCCUAACCAUGAGAAUGCACGAUGCUUCAUGCUAGUACAUACAGACGGGACGAUUGAAGAUGUUUCGUACCACAAGUGCAUCAUUGGUGCUUUUGAUAUCAUAGCUCCUCAUAGGGCAAAGGUCUAUCGCUUGAGACAUUUGAGCCGUGGUCCUCGGUAAGCCAGCUUCAUGCACAGUGGCAUAAAUUUGGGGAAAUAAGGGUUCAAAAUAAACUAUCAUUUGUGUAGCUUCUCUCACAGAGCUAACCCUCUUACCAAAGCUUCCUUUUGCUACUUCUACUACAUCCUUGUUUGUCUUCCUUUUAAAUGGUCAGAUAAGAUCUAGUGGAAGUAGCAAAGGGAAGCUUGUAAUGGUUCACGGGUUAACUGCCCCCCCAAACCCCAAUUUCAUGUUGUAUUGAACAAAUGUCACUGUUGUAUCACAGAAACUGUUGUAUCAAUCUAUUCUAUUGCUUUGUCUUCCA